CCCUUACAAAACAUUCUAGAAACGGCCCUGGAAACAGGAUUUAAGCGGCUCACGGAACUCGGAGGGCUUCAAACGUGUAGAUUCACAUGCUUCUUCUGCUCCACAGGUCGGGUGGCUGUAAUACACAGUGGCGUUUGCUUGACGGCGACACUCCCCCCAGGUCGACGGGGGCCAGACGCAGCCCGCGGAGGAGUGGAUGGCUUCUGUCAUAAAAAUACACGAAGAGAAUUGAGGAGAAGAAGAUUGGUCGGGGGCAAAGCCAGCAACACGGCGUCCUGUUCCUUUCGCCUCUUCCCCGGUGCGGAGCAACGGACCCGUGCGCCGCUUGUUUUUUGGGAGGGGAGCUUCACACUCGGACAUAAUUUCGCUGCGACUUGAGAGAGCUCCGUGUGAAAUUCUGUUUUCUGCGUGGCUUCCUUGGUUUACCGAGCUGACACGGAGAUAUAACUACUGUAUCCCAGCCCAGCGAAUCGGAGUGAAAGUCCGCCAUAUUCCGCCUUACCACGCCCGGGAGUGGAGCCAUUGGAAAAUAAACGGACAGCCUCGCUCAUGUGUUUUUCUCGCCGACGCAGACUGCGAGUUGGAAAACAAACAGGGUAUUUCAGCGAUUUAAAAUACCGUCAGCGUUGAGGACUUUGGAAAGAGCCUGGCCGGAGUACUGAUGACAAUACCUGUCCAGAUUCAGUGCGGAUGUUGUGUUUUAAAAAGAUCUGUUGAUCAUACGGAGACAGGAUAUCAGAUUAUACCCAUCGACCGAGCAACAAUAUUCAACUGAACCCGCUUUCUACUCUGUUUGAAGCUUUCAGCAGGCCCAGAAAGCGAACCGAAACACAGGGAAAAGGGUGGGAGGAGGUGGGGGGACUCCAAUAAUUCCUCCCAAAUAUCUUAUUUUCCGUCUCCACUCCAGUCUGAACACCCAGACUCAUUACAGCAUCACCUAAAGCCGGCCUGCAUGAGGACGUUAUUUGACAUUCACAGGCCUCCGGUUUUCCCUCCGCGACAAAUGUGAAAUCUGGAUGACUCAAUACAGAGGGGGGGAAACAAGCGGAGUUAUAGUGCGUGUUUGAAAAAGGAAAAGGACCGAGAAUGACCCUGGAAUCCAUAAUGGCGUGCUGCCUCAGCGAGGAGGCGAAGGAAGCCCGGCGGAUCAACGACGAGAUCGAAAGGCAGCUCCGCCGGGAUAAGAGGGACGCACGACGGGAACUGAAACUGUUGCUUCUCGGAACUGGUGAAAGUGGGAAGAGCACAUUCAUCAAGCAGAUGAGGAUCAUCCACGGUGCCGGUUACUCCGAUGAGGACAAACGGGGUUUCACCAAGCUCGUCUAUCAGAACAUCUUCACGUCCAUGCAGGCUAUGAUCCGAGCUGCAGAGACGUUGAAGAUCCUUUACAAAUUAGACUCCAGCAAGACUAAUGCCAACAUUGUUAGAGAGGUGGACAUAGAGAAGGUCACCAGGUUGGAGAGUCCUUACGUAGACGCCAUCAAGAACUUGUGGAGUGACCCCGGCAUCCAGGAGUGUUAUGAUCGAAGGAGGGAGUACCAGCUCUCAGAUUCCACUAAAUAUUACCUGGACUCACUGGACCGGAUCGCCCAACCCUCCUAUCUUCCCACCCAGCAGGAUGUGUUGAGGGUUCGGGUCCCAACCACUGGCAUUAUCGAAUAUCCAUUUGAUCUCCAGAGCGUCAUAUUCAGGAUGGUGGACGUUGGGGGUCAGAGGUCGGAGAGGAGGAAGUGGAUCCACUGUUUUGAGAACGUCACCUCCAUCAUGUUCCUGGUCGCCCUCAGCGAGUACGACCAGGUGUUGGUGGAGUCGGAUAACGAGAACCGGAUGGAGGAGAGUAAAGCUUUGUUUAGAACUAUUAUCACAUACCCCUGGUUCCAAAACUCCUCCGUCAUUUUGUUCCUGAACAAGAAAGACCUUCUGGAGGAGAAGAUCAUGUUCUCCCAUCUGGUCGACUACUUCCCAGAGUACGAUGGACCUCAGAGAGAUGCUCAAGCAGCUCGAGAGUUCAUCCUGAAGAUGUUUGUGGACCUGAAUCCAGACAGCGAUAAGAUCAUCUACUCUCACUUCACCUGCGCCACCGACACGGAGAACAUCCGCUUCGUCUUUGCAGCCGUCAAAGACACGAUCCUACAGCUCAACCUGAAGGAGUACAACCUGGUGUAGAGUACGGCUCCUCCCUGAAACACUGACUGACUCGAUCUGUGAAAAGAUAGCUUUCACAUAUACACACAGAUGCAAAAUUCACGCUUACAAAUUAUCUAAGGAAAAUAAAUCUAACGGUUGCAUAAUACUAAUUUAUUUGCCCUUUGUUGACUUCUUGGUGCGUGAGGGGUUUCAUUUUGCUAUUUAAGGAGCUCCAUCACAUCUGCCUUUUUAUAAACAACCUUUCUUUUUGUAACCCUCCUCAUCUAUCAUCCUUUCCAAAAGUUCGGCAUGAACGUUAGCUUAACAGGAAGUGAUGUAACAUCUCAUUAUCAACAGCCUCUUGUUUUUUCUUCUUUUUUUUUUAAUGCACCUGUUGGCAUGUCUCUUGUAAUGUUGCCAUAAACUGUGAUUUUUAAAUUAUUUGAGAUUGAUUUGAUAUUGAUUGACUUCAGUCAUUAUUCUUGUUCCAACGUUACCUUGCUUUUACCAUUCAGUGAUUUGAGCACAUUUACUGCUUAUUCGGACACAAACGUGAAGUUCAGGACAAGAAGGAGAAAUCGUCUGAGCGACGAGGUGUGAAGAUGCCUUCCACAGACUGCCGGGAUGAGAGGGGCUCUUGAUUUCUGACGCAUUUACUAAAAGUGUUUACUUUAAACCGUGCCACACAGAAGCUUUUCUUUCAAAUUGCAAUUAUUACCGAUGCCAAAACAACUCAAGCACAAGAACGCUGGUGAGGGAAGGAAAGAGCAGGAGCAACAGACUGACAGGUUGAUCAACCAUCUGAAUCCUGCAGGUUAUGAAGUGUUCACCGUCCAGUCCAGUCAUAGCUUAGCUGUAUCUCUGUGUCCAAUCACUGCCCGGCUUUCCAGACUGUUGUAGCUGAAUUGGAAGUGCAGAAUAAAUCUGGUUAGUUGCUACGUAAAGAGGGCAAAAAAAGGGCAGUGUUGAUAUGCAGUGUGUACCAAAGUAAAGCCCUUUCUAGUUUCUAAUUGGCACUUCUUUGCAAGCGACUCUCAAUUUACUUUGGAGUAUAUAUAUAUUUUAAUUAUCUCCCUGCAACAUAAGCCUGUAAUUUACGUUUAUUGAGGCAUAGUGCAAUUAUGAAUGCUAUAAUCAUUGUACAUACAUCUCACUUUCUCAAUAUACAUAUAAGUAUAUAUAUAUGUAUGUGACAGCAUCUUUGUUGGCUUUGUAAUCAUUACUUUUUUGGGCAGAUUGAAUGUUCAGUAUUGAAAAUGUGUAUCUGUGUAAUUGUUUGUCCAAUGGCUAACUCGUUUUUUUGUAAGAGGAAAAAGUUAUUUACUUGUUCUGCUUUUGUUUCCCUUCAUUUGUCAGAUGAGAAUGUACAUUUUCGCGUUACGUUGCGUUCAUUUCUCAUUAAGGAAACAUUAUUUAGCUUCAGAAUGUGGAACCUUAGUAUCAGAUUAGUGCAAAUCGAAGCCGUUUCCUUAAAUUUACAGUUUCUCUCCUCACCUUUGAGAAAUGGCGACCUGACUCGGAUCUACACGACUAAUUCUAACAUUUGAACUCUUAGCAGGUUUCAGAUCAGAGCACUUUUUUCCUGACGCGUAACUCUUUGAUUCUGGAGUCUUUUUAAUAAGUAUUGAUGAGCUGUGGAGCCUCCUCAGUACAUGUUGUGGUCCUGAACAUGAUUCUCACCCCUUCGCAUUAAUAGCCAACGUGUUUAGUAGGAUCAGAACCGUGGAGCAAAGCUGAGAAGGACGGCAGGAGAGCUGCUGAGUUUAAGUGUUUUUGAAGAUGACUAAAUUUUCUGGGAAACUUCCCUGCCUACCGAGAGAAAGUCAGCGUUGAAAAUCAGGUAAUUAAUGUACAAAAAGUCAAGUAGAAUGAACCAUUCAUUGGUUCUUUAAAAAAAAAAAAAAGACUUUUUCAUCUCGAUCGCCACAGUUUCAUUAGAAUGUACAGUAUUCCUUAUUUUUUUUAAUUUAUAAAACGAGAAAAAUACAGUUCAUGUGUACAUAUUGCCUUAUAUUAAACUGUGCCUCUGAAGUCUCUCACAAAGGCACUUGUUGUUUUUUUUUGUUUGUUUUUUGUGAGAAGUGUAGCUAAAGCAGCUGAUAAUGUCUCGUUGUAAUUUUUGUUUUGGCUUGGUGUUUUUUUUGUUGUUGUUGUUUUGUUUUUCCACGCUGUGAGAAGCUCUGGGAACAGCUCUGAUUUGCAGCUCAUGUGACGUAACAGCAGGACAUUAUAAGAACGUCAUGAACAAACUGGAAACACAUUUCUGUUCAUUUCUGUUGUCGCAUCUGAUUCAUGUCUUAAAUGUUUCUACCACAGUGCAUUAUGAUGCAUUGAACUGCCUGGCACGCAUUAAAACAGCAUGGAGACAUGCAGAAUGAGAAUUUUUUUUUAUGUAAAUUGCCACAUUCAACUUUAUUUUGACAUCCUUUUACCACUUCAGCAGAUCAAAAGCAACUCUCUUUUUAGGAGGGAUGGGGCGGAUGUUUAAGAUGUGGUUAAAAGAAAGACUUUACGCAGCUAUUUAGUAGCCCAAAUCUAGCAUUUUGCACCACUUUACAUUUAUUGGCAUUCCUGGCACAGAUUUAUAAAAGGCUUUUAAAUAAAUAGAUGAUUUAUGGCAAAGCUUAAAAUCACGCUUAAGAAAACGGCUUGGGUUUUUAUUUUAUUUUUUAAUUUUGCUUACUUUAAAAUUAUUGCUCUGACUGUAGAUCUGAGCAGGUCGAUGUCGGUAUUUAUUCUUUAAUGCUGUUUUAUGAGAAUCAACACAUCGGCCUUACUUGAAGGAUGAAGGUUUGCUUGUCUUUCCCAUUUUGACAAGUGUCCAAGACAAAAUGGACCUCUUUCAGGUCAUAUUUACACCUCAGCUGAAACGAUAAUUAAACGUUCCUGAAUAGUCCGGAAAAUAAAUAACAAACCUUUGUGUGGUUAACUUUAUUUAGGGUGAUUUUGUUUUUAUAUAUGGGAAAAAUGUAUUAAAACAAUUCUCAACUUUGAUGUUUCUAUGUGACAGAAAAUGAUUUGGGUAUCUAAAAACAUAAAACAGUCUAAAACAAAUCACUAUUUACAUUUUAAUAAAAAAGUGGCAUAAUAAAAAUAAUAUAUUUACCCUUCUCAAGAACUGAUAGAAAAAUCUCUAUUAAUAUCACACCAGAAUUAUCCCACUAUUAUUAUUAUUAUUAUUUUAUUAUUUGCAUGUCUCCCAAUAGAAUUUUGACUAUUUAUGUUUGCUGGUGGGCAGGUUAGGUGGGAGGCCUCCUCACCAUCACCCUAAUCUUUAACUCUCUCCACCGAUUCAGAUCACACUCAAAUCCAGACUUUAGCUAGGCCAAUCCAAAGUGUUAAUUUUACUUCCAGUCUAAAGAGACGUCUUAGUAAAAUCAAAACACUUCAAAGCUACAGUAUGAGUAAAUUUGCUCUUUAUUUUCUUAACGUUGGAUUGUUUUCCUCUUCCGUAUAAAUCUACAUAGAAUAAAGGGCAGAAUUUAUUUUUUUAAAGUUAUUUAUUUUUUUGGUGUGAGGUCACGCAACUGAAAAGAAAGAUUGAUUCCCUUCAAAACUUUUCAACCAACUUCACCUGGAGUGCCAAUAAGUGUGUUGGGUGGUGCAGGUGGAGUAUUGACUGUAUUUCUGAAGCUGGCGUCCGGUUUCAGACUAGUCAGUGCUGCCGAGUCUUUGGUAAGAAAUUCAGAAACUUGUGUUGCUGCUCUUGUAAAGUGGCUCUUAAUGCUUCCCUCUUACGUAACGUGAAAAUCUGUCCACAUGCUAGGUGUGAGCAGACACACCGUGAUCUCACCUGAGCCCCGUUGGGUCACACAGAUGACCCAGUGUGUCAGUGCAUCUCCACUGUCUCGGUUCUCUUCAUGUAUUAUUACACUGUCACGAAGUAACAAAAUGGGAUUGUUCUUGUGCAAAUGUAAAAGUGUGAUUGAAGUCUGUGAUCAAUAUGAGCGAUCUCUUCAUGUUCACGUCUUUCUGAGCAAGUUUCCUCCUUUGCAUUGAUUUGUUUUCCCCCUUUAAGCAAGCAGCUGAUGCAGACUUUGUGUGUUUGGCCUCUGCUGUUCAGAUUUCCUGCAGUAUGUUUCAGAGCAGGUCCAUGUGUUGAGAACUGUUUGAUUAAAAAGAAGUUCCCAUAAACUGCUCUUAAA